AUGGUCUCCAUAUCUUACUCCUUCGUCGACUCCAUGUGCGUGCAUCUCUCGCCCGGUUUGCUCACUCUCCCGCAUUCUGUGAUUUCUGACAAGAGGUGCGUGCACCUGCCGGUGUGGGCUCCAGACAUCGCUUUCAACUGCGUCUUCCCCUUCCCUGUGCCCCUCGCGCGCCCAGCACCCGCGUCCUCGUCGUCCGUCGACCAGUUCCUGCUCGACCUCCGCCGCGCCCUCGGCACGCUUGAAGGCCUGCCCGUGCCCACCCUCGCCACCAUCGACGGCCCCGCGCUCGGCGGCGGCCUCGAGCUCGGGCUCGCGUGCGACUUGCGCAUCGCAGGACACGCCGUGACGAAGAUCGGGCUGCCCGAGGUCAGGCUCGGGAUCGUCCCCGGCGCGGGCAGGACACAGCGCCUCACGCGCCUCCUGGGUCUCUCAUCUUCGCCGCGCAGGAGGCGCUUGAAUACGCAACUCAACAACGUCAGCCUCGAGCUCGCCGAGCAGGUGGUCCAGAACGUUGACGGGCCCAUCUCCUCCGAACCUGCGCCGGCCAACGCCGGAUACUGCUCCGCGAAGCUCUCCCAGCCCGCUUUCGCACCCCGCGAGUCGACGACCUUGUCCCGCCCCUUCGCGAUCCUCGUCGACGACGGCUUCGACCGCGCGCAAGUCGACGGCAUCCGCGCCGCGCUCAACGCCGGGAUGGCACACCACGGGCCGUACCGCCACGACGAGGGUUGGUGGAGCACGCUGUUCGACGCGCUCGUCUUCCUGCGCGGCGCGGCGCACUAA